GUGAAGGCAGUUACGUUUUUUAUGCACAACUCGCACGCACAAUUACAAACACCCGUUUGUUAGGCUAUUCCCUUCGCAGAAUAGGCCCUGUUUUUAGAAGGAAAAAAUACAAACAGGCUGUAAACUUCAGCGGUGCAUAACAUUGGAAAGGGCAGUCAAAGGCGUGUUCAGUUCUCCUUUUCAGCCGUUAUACGAACCGUUAGGAUGGACACGGAUUCCCUAACCCAGCUUAUGGUGGACCAGGAGUUGAUGGAGGAGGUCCUGCUAGCGAGGAACGAGCAAACGAGCCUACCGGGGAUCGCAACCAAUUUCCCGGCGGCAGCAGCGGACGAGGACCGCUCCGCGUUCUCGUCCUCGUCCGGGGAGUCGGACUACGAGAAAGAGAACGCACGCUACGACGAGCUGCGCGGGGUGAUCGAGACAGGGAACGGGCUGAAACUAGGCGAGCUACUGGCGGAAUGGCAGGAGAUGGGAUGGCUACGGGACUGGAGGAACGAAGAGAACCUGACCCUCUAUGCUGACGCCAUUACGGAUGGUUAUCUCGAUAUAAUCAAUGCACUGCUGAGUUUUGACAUACCACUAGGGGACGCCCUCAUCCGUGGCAUCGAUGUCGCCUUCGAUGACGCAAUCAAGGCUAUUUGCCGCUACAUUGAAGCUCAUGAGGAUAUUCGAGAGGACGUUCUGACGGGUACCAGUGACAAUGAUGAUUUCCAUCCUGCUGUCACGCCUCUGAUUCUGGCUGCUCAGAGGAAUAACUUCAGCACGGUGAAGCUGCUCAUUGAUCUCGGUGCCAGAAUCACCGAGCCCUCGCUGUCUCAAGGAGGCGACGUGACCCUGACCCAGGCCAUCUCUACCCUCCACAUCUACCGCGCCCUCUCCCAGCCCGCAUACAUGCUGGCCACCCAGACAGACAUCUUCGGCCACGCCUUCCAGAUGAGCGCCAAAUUGAAGACGCUUAGCAAGACGUGGGAGGACUUCGGGGCCGAGUACGAGCAGAUGGCCCGCAGCGUGGAGGUCUUUGCUGGGGAGCUACUGGGGGAGUCUAGCUCUACUGAAGAGAUCCUGGCCCUGUUCCGAUACCACAACACAGACAAGUACCGUGACGUGGAAGGCAAGCAACAUCCAUUGGCUAAACUGUUUGAAGCCAUCAAACACCAGCAGAAAGAGUUCAUAGCUCACCCUCAUUCCCAGAAGGCAAUCAUAGUGCAGUUCUACAGGAAUCUCCUGGACUGGAACGAGCGAGGUUUGCUCUACCAGGUCCUCCUCAUCCUCUUCGUCUUGCUGGGCUACCCCAUCAUCUGCCUCCUCUACAUUUUCGUGCCCACGCGGCGAGUGGUCCAAUUCGCGCGGCUCCCUUACGUCAUGAUGAUGAUGAAGGCGGGAUCUGGCUUCACGUUUUUACUCUUCAUCGUCAUAGGUACCGUCGCCGAUAAGCACACCCACCCUCGCACUGUGGAGCUACUUCACAACUUCAUGUUGGUGUGGGUCAUAGGUUUAGCCUGGUUACACAUCAAGAUGAUAGCGAAGUAUGGAUGUGGCCAUUACGUCGGUGACAGCGUAAAUCUACACGAACUGGCAAUCAUGGUGCUAUACUUUACUGUCUUUAUCCUCCAGCUCAGCGGGGGCGGUGAGGCCCCUGAUGACAAUCCAAUGCCUCGCUCUGUACGAGAUACAUUUAGCAACCAAGACCUGCAUGAUCUGCAGGAUCACGUGACAUCAGCUGUGAACAAGCUCAGAGGAAAGCUGAAUGACUCGUUAGUCAGAGGCGUAGAUGGGAUCCUGUUAAAGGCGUUGUCUGGCUGCCGACCCCGAGGCCCUACCGAGACCGCCUUGAGUAGCCCGUCAAUGGACGUGGGGUCCUCGUUUCAAGACCAUUUGCACGAACUCGAAGAAACCAUUGGGCUGAGUCCGUUCGAUCCCAGCAUUGUUGCUGGUGCUUUGUUCGGAGUGACCAUCACUGUUGCAGUCCUGUGCAUGCUGAACCUUCUUCUCGUUAGUAACUUCGUGGGCCCGCUUCGCAUCUCUCUAGGUAACAUGACAGGGGACAUCAUCAAGUUUUGUGGCAUCUUCCUGAUUAUUUGGAUUGCCUUUGCCAUCGGUUUGUUCCAGAACUUCUACUCAGCAGGUCAGUCAGCUACAAGAUCCUGCAUCGAACAGGGGGAGGAGCCGGCAAGUUGCCAAUUACUCGUGGGUUUUUCUACGUUCCUGUCCAGCGUGAAGGAUCUCUACUGGUCGCUCUACGGUUUUAUAGGGAUCGAUGUAUUUCAGCUGCCUGGUAAGCACUCGGUCGCUGAGGGCGUGGGCACAUUCCUGUUCAUCGGCUAUCUGAUUGUGGCUGUGUUAGUCCUGUUGAACGCCCUCAUCGGUAUGCUGUCCAACACGUACAAUCGCACAGAGGAAAAUGCUGACACGGAGUGGAAGUUUCACCGUGCCGCUGUCUGGGCCUCCUACCUGCGACCCGUGGGAACACUCCCGCCUCCCUUCAACCUGAUCCCAUCUCUCAAGACCCUCUAUCGUAUCUACUUGUACAUCGUCGGGUUGAGGCGCAAACCGGUCAACCGGAAAGAAAUCCACUCCAGGAAAGAAAUAGACGAUUAUGACCGAGUGCUUCAGCUCGUGAGUCACCGCUACAUCCAGGCCAACUUAUCCACGGAGUCGCAGAAUAACGAGAACGCUCGACCGAGGGACCUUCAGACGCUGAGGAACGACAUCCUGGCAUUCAAAUUCAAUGUCCAGGACCGACUGAAACACCUGGACAGCGUUCUGGGUGUAACCAAUGAGAAGACCUCGACGGUGCAUCAAAAGUUGGAUGAUUUACGCCCUAUAGACGUCCGGGCCGAGGAGCUCCUCGAUCAUUCAAGCCACCUGACAGACCGCGCUGCCACCCUCUUUGAUGAGACCGGCACUCUAAAGCAGACCCAGGAGGUCGAGAUCUCUGAAAGGGAUAAGGACGCGGCCAAGAUGAGGGACACAAUUGCUAAACUCCGGGGCGAGAUCGCAGACCUCAUCAGCAGCCACCUGGCCGAGGUCGGAAGGAGAGAUCGGCUUGAGACUGGCCUGAAUAACACCAUCCUUGAGCUGAAUGGCACCAUAGGCGGACUCCAAGAUGAGAUCGAACAGCUAGGAGCUAAACACAGUGAGGAACUGGCGGCGAGGGACAAGAAAGAAGAACAACUUACUGAAACUAUUCUUAAUCUCCAGGAAGAUUCCAAAUGCCUGACAGACAAGGUACAGACUUUGAGCCAAACGAAAGAUGAUCUCGAAUUUAAAGUGACUGAGCUCCACGAUAAGAUUGGCGACCUCGAAAUCAGGCACGGGAAGGAACUGACUGCGAGAGAUAAAAAAGAAGAAGAGUUAACAGAUGCUAUUCUAAAUCUCCGAGAAGAGAACAAAUUCCUGUCGGACAAGGUACCGGCUUUGGAGCAAGAGAAAGCUGAUCUCGAAAAUAAAGUGGCUGAUCUUAGCAAAAAGACAAGCCCAAAGGGGAACCCAUCAACACUAUCGUACACGAUAGCAGCUCACAAAGUAGAGAUAGAGAAUCUUACUGGAAGCCACGCGAAGGAGAUGGUAGCCAAAAACACCAAGGAAGCCAAACUGAACAAGACUAUCAGCGACCUUCAAGAAAAAAACAGAACCCUAAACGAUAAUGUCGAACGGCUUGGCGAAGACAAGGCUCGUUUAGAGAAAGAGUGUUCAGAAUCGAGAGAUGAUUUGGUAGCACUCCAGUUUAGGAUCGAGGAGAUUAAAAGCACCCACAUAGGAGAAUUGUGGACGAGAGACCAGCAGAACGCGAAGCUGGCAGACGAUAUUGGCAGGCUCCAAAAAGAGAACACAGCUCUGAAAGAAACUGUCUCCGAACUUGAUGAAAAUGAAGAAGAACUGACACAAACAGUAAACCAGCUCCGCGAAGAGGCAGACAUUUUGCACGCGGAAUCUUCCACGCUGAAGAAAGCUGUGACCAGACUGCAAGAGGAGAUUGAGCAUCUGAAGACCCUCCACUCGGCCGAAUUGACGGAACGUGACCACGAAAGGGAGAAUCUUAAAGAGCUCAACAGUCGACUCCAGGCAGACGUAUCAUGUCUUGAAGACAAUCUCCGCGGAGUGCGCCAAGAGAGGGACCAGCUGUCGAGACAGGUGAGCGAGCUCGGCGAAGGGACUGCAAAAUUAGAGCAAAGCUCCUCAAAGCUUGAGGACAACGUAGCUGCUCUGCGUUCCGAAAUCAAGGAGUUGACAAACUCUCGGUUGGAAGAGAUAAAGGAGAAGGAACGCCAGGAGGCUGAGUUGAACGACGUCAUUCGUGGGUUCCAAGAGGAGAAACGUUCUCUUCUGAACAGCCUCCAGAGACUGAAGGAGGACAAGGCAGAGCUCGCUAAGUUUGUCGGUGACCUGAAUAUGGAGUUUACGGAGUUACGCAGGGAGCAGGGUCCUACCCCGUCCAAGGAAGGCGCCCAUCAGAUCGAGCCCCCCGUGGCUGCACCUUUCGGAAAGAAUGCUAACAUUUUCGGAAACAACAAUGCUAACAACAAGAAGGGGCCACGAUCCGGCAACGACACUGAAGCUGACUAAAACAUGGAGUUGAAAGAUGGCCCAGGUCUCAUUAGAGGGGCAAAGAGUUAUCUAGACGUUUGUUGCAACUUCAACAUAUACACAUGUGUCUGAAAUACCAGUAUCUCAAUAAUGUAAAGCUUUUUUUAAAACAAUAUGAUUCAUAUACCAGUAUAUACAUAUGUAAAUAUGUAAAAAAGCGUUAGCCCUUUUUGAGUACGGCGAACACAAUACAUGUGGCAGGGUGAUUUUGGAGUUUUCUCUUUCAAAAAAGCGCCCUCUUGUGUCCUGCAUACUUCACAAAGGCAAAUACGACUUAUUUGUAAACGUUAUGCCUAUGGGUAUAGGGAAAAUAUCUGCAAAGUUCAAAUCAUAUAAUUUAUAUAUAAUGUGACGCUAAAUUAGUUGUAGAUGUUGGUACUUGUAUUUCGUAUAUCGUGGCUAUUAACAUUGUUUUAUACAAUGUAUAAUUAAACUGUCUUAAUUGUA